GCUGCUCGUACCAGAUUGGACGAGUAAGAAAGCUGUGUUGAUGCACUGCAUCUGUUUCGAAAGUUUCUACUGCAUCCAGCUGGUGUCAUUAAUUGUCUUAGAACGGUUGAUCGAUUAAGCGAAAACAGUGUCAUUUUAGGCUUGGCAUGAAAAUGAGUAAUACAUAUAGCAUGCACCGAUUUUGACGAAUGGAUGAUAAUCGAAUCGUGGACGUAGCUCGUAGCAACAACGAAAGGUUGUGAAAAUGUGAUAAUUGAACAGAAUAAAUAAUACUAGCUCGGUUGCGUCCAGAAUUCACAUCAAUUGUGCAAAGACUCUUUUGCCGAGCACAACAUUGGUAUCAGAAACAGAGUGGUUUAUCACAUCUCAGCAAAGAAACGAACGUGUAAAGCCGUAGAACCGUUGUGUACAACGCGGUGAAGUGAAGUUUUGAAUUUUUAGAAUUUAUUUACGAUUAUCAUCGUGAGUGCAGGUUAGUUAAACUGAUUGGAGUUAUUGGAAGCGUAUUUUAGAUUGCGUGAAACAUGAGCACCCUGGCGCAGAUAACGAGUACUCUGUCAACUACCAAGCUAGUGGGCGAGAAAAAAGAAGCCAAGUCAAACGAUACGCCGUUGGCGAAUGGCACUAAGGUCGAUAGCAACGGAGCCCCGGAGCUGAUCGAGUUCGAAGAUCCAUUUUGCAACGCUGAUAAUCCACAGAUAAUUACUUUCCAGGAUGUUACCUCGGCGGCGUUCAAAAUCAAAAAAGGAAUCGAGCACACGCCCUGUUCGAAAUCUCACCUCUCAGAAAUCCUCGACAUGGAUAUUUUCCUCAAAAAAGAAUUUCUUCAGUUCACCGGAAGUUUCAAGGAGCGUGGUGCAAGAUACGCACUGGUGAUGCUGACGGCAGAGCAACGAAAAAAGGGAGUAAUUUCGGCUUCACUAGGAAACCAUGCUCAGGGACUUAGUUACCACGGAUGGAAGAUGGGAAUACCGGUAACGGUGGUUAUGCCACUGAAAGCCUCGCUGAUGAAGAUACAAAAGUGCCGUGACUACCAUGCAAACGUCAUCGUUCAGGGCUGCGACAUGGGAGAAGCAAAAAAGAUUGCGCUGAAAAUGGCACACGAAACGGGUUUGACGUACAUCAACGGCUACGAUCAUCCGCACAUCAUGGCCGGUCAGGGCACAAUUGGACUGGAAAUAGCCGAACAAGUCAGCAACAUCGAUGCCGUCGUGGUGCCGGUUGGAGGUGGAGGCCUGAUUGCCGGCGUUGCAACCGCCAUCAAGAACUUGAGCCCUCAAACCAAAAUCAUUGGUGUAGAAUCAGAAAAAUGCCCAAGCUUCACCAAGGCGCUGGAAAACAAAGCUCCGGUCUACACUCCCAACCAGGCAACAUUGGCUGACGGUUUGGCGGUGCCACAAGUAGGCUAUAAUGCUUUCACUACCGCCGUUCCUCUGCUGGACAAAAUGAUUGUGGUGAAAGAAGAGUGGAUUGCCCUGGCCAUUUUGCGACUAGUUGAACUGGAGAAAUGCGUUGUCGAGGGAGCUGGUGCAUCAGGAUUGGCUGCUAUUCUCGCCGGGCAUCUGGACGAGUUCAAAGGCAAAAGAGUGGUCCUUCUGAUAUGUGGUGGAAACAUCGACACUACCAUGUUUGGUCGAUGUCUCGAGCGCGGCAUGGCUGCCGAAGGACGCCUGCAAAGAUUUACAGUAACGGUUAGUGAUGGACCAGGUGGCUUAGCAAGAUUGUGCAAUCAAUUAGCGGAUCUAGGGGUUUCCAUUAAGGAUAUAAUGCAUGACCGGGCUUUUAUUCGUGAUGUUCACAGCGUUGAGGUCAAAGUCUUUUGCGAAACAAGAGACUGGACCCAUUCGCAGGAGAUGCGAAAAAUGCUGCAGGAAACCUAUACACAUGUGCAUUUCUACGAUCUGCCAAUGGCAAUAUAGAGCAGGCGAACUGUUAUUGCUAUAGCUGAGCAGAAAGCAAAAAAAAGUUAUUUCCAGUUCACCGAAGAACUCAAUCGAGACAGCUGCGCACAGACAGACGAUUGCGAGGAAAUUGUAUACUCCAAGAGAAUUGUUAAAUACAGUGGCGUGUAUCAAACAUU